AUGCCUCGCAUUCAGAAUGACCCGAAUUUACAAGUCUGCCCUGACUAUGCUUCGGAAGACUUUGUCGAUACCCGAGCGCAACUCAUCAAUGAGAAUACCACGGACCGUCGAUGGCAACAGCAGAGGAACGAUGACAGAGAGGAACAGGCUCAUCGUCAGCGUCUCGAAGACGAAGAGCAAGAACGGACAAACCAAGAACGUGCUAACGAGGAAGAAGAUGCGCGCAAGGAAGAACGGAAGAAAAAUAAGUACAAGUACAUCCCAAUUCAGAACAGCGGAAUUCCUAAUGAACCUGCUAUCACUCUGUCCUCAUACGCUCUUCGCAAGCUGGACAAGGGAGAAUACGUCGAGCUUUGGUACUUUACCAAUGACGGGUUGGAUGAAGCGUCAGUUAAAAAGACAAUAGAUGAUGACGCGAUGGUAUUGUCAACUCUAGCUGACGGUUCCACAGCAUGGAUAGCGUCAGCCACAACACGGAGUGCGCGCUCCAUAAUCAAUGAUGAGAACCUACCAUUUGAAGAAUUCUGUCAAGCGUGUCCCCGUUUUCUAAUGGCAAUAGAAGAAGCGGGUUGGCCUCAGGACAGAAUCAGAAUGACCGCACUAUUCUGGAGGAAUUUGCAAGUUCACAGCUAUCGCUCUCUCCAAGAUCCGUUAGCUCAGAAGACGCUCUUGGUAUACCAAGCCAAGCAGCGUAAACGCUGGCACAUAGCAGCUAAAUCUUCGAUUGGCCCAUACAAUAUAUCGGUUGUCAACGAGAAAGUAUUAGAGGACACGAGAAGCAGAGUAUAUUGGGAGGAUCGGCUCAAGAAAGAUAACGCGAGAGACUACAAGGUCAGCCUUCGUUAUCGUUAA